CGAGGCUCAAACACCGGCCGGUGGUGGUUGUUUCCCGGUUGAGACCGCUUCGCUCUGCUCUGCUCCAUCCCAUCCACCCAGCUCCCAUCAUGCUGCCGCGGCAGCCUUGAGCCAUCCGAUACGAUCGUCUCCACCCCUCGCUGUACAUAGCCACUCCCGCUCCUGCUGCCAAACGCUGGCUCGCUGUCUAUAUCCUGCGCUCUGCGGUCAAGCUGCUGAGCCCAGUCGCUCCUUCUCCCUCUGGUUUCCCGGCUCUGUGGAUUCCGUCUUUCGCUCUGUAAAUUACAUCUGAAAACCCUAGACUCUGCCGCCAGGCAUAUCUAUCCGUCCGCUUUUGGCCGGGCUUCUCCCAUCUCCUUUCGCUCUGUCCGGCGAUCACGCCUCUGCACCAAGCUGCUCCCAAGUUGCGGCCCACUUGCAUCCAUCGCACGCAAACACACGCACAUCUUGCUGUACAUUCUCCCCCAUUUUCGCCAUGGCCUACAACACAUCCGAUAUGCUCGUCAGCUCUCCGUUGGAGGCCAGCUCAGUCUGGCCCCAGCAGGACUAUGACGACGUUGUGAUUUCGAUAUCCCCGUGGGCUGCCUCCCAGUCCGCCGCACAGGCUCGAUCGCCUCUUCUCGACCAGGCCUGCUCGGCCCAAGCCCUUGGGCCCUAUUAUCCGGCUCACCCACCAUCGGCGACCCGAUGGCUGCAGCACUCUGGCACGGUUCAGCUGGCUUCUCACGACACAGAAAGCCUUGCCCGUCUGCGCGAGGAGGCUUUCCGGGAUCUUCAGCGGGCUGUCGACGAAGAAGGCGCUCGGUUUGUCGCCCAGAUGCAGUGGAUGGAAAGCAUGCCGCUUGACCAACUGCCCGGUACCCAUGCCGCCAUACCCGACUCGCACAACUGGUGGGAGGUCUCUGACGACGAUAUGGACGAAGGCGACUACAUCGGCGAGGACGACGACCUGAUGGAGGAGCUGACUCUGUGUCUCGGUGCCGACUUGACAACGAAGGACUACUCGGCCUAUGCGGAUUUCGAGAGGAAUCUGCUAAUGAGCCGAGAGUGCGGCAACAGCUGGAGCAACGACGACUACCAGGACUAUGGAGUUCUGUUCUGAGGCCAGCGGCUUCACACCCCUGCAUUCAUAUGAUAAUCCGUGUCGCCAUCUCUAUGGCGGCGUCAACUCUGCAUUUCACAUAUACUCGUUCCAAGAAACAACGGGCAUGCUCCCAUAUGUCAGCGUAGUCUGUGAUGGCAUGCGUCCAACUAUGCCAUAAGAAAUAAAUCAAAUCACUUUGGGCAGCCUCCGAGUGAACACCACCGGUCGCUCUCCGGUCUCCAC